AUGAACAAGUGGAGAGAAACGAAAUCUGCUACAACGAAGAGCAACAGCAAACCCGUGUCUAAGAUAGCAACCAGAGUUAAUUGCGAAAAAAGUGGUAAAAACAGAUCAUCGUGGUCCGCGAAUUCUGCACUGAAUUUGAUUCCACGCGAUGAUGCUGAAUUAUCUGCGAACAAGUCGAUCCUUAAGGAAGCGAAGCCUGAUGUAACGCUGGAAUUAACUACACGAAAAAAAGCGACCGAUGAUCAAAAACUGAGAGUGGCGAAUAAAAACCCGUCGUCGAUUGACCAAAGUUCGACAACGCCAUCCUCGGAAAUAUCGAGCAAGAAUGAUAAACGGGAGUUCGAUGAGACUUCGCAUAGGCAAAAAUCUAAAUCUAAUCAGAAGAAAAAGUUUUUCGACGAGUUGAUUCAGCGUGAAGGAAGCGUCGAGACGCUUUUACAGACGAAAAAGCCGGCGAAGACAAUUUACGACGUCGACGUAAUGACACCCGACGAUAUUAGAAAAACUCUAGCUCGAAUUGACGCCAACACGGCCAAGCCAUUUUCUUUCCUUACCGACAUUAUCGACGAUCCUCAAAAUGAGAAGCGAAAACUCACUACGCAGGGUAUUUGCGACCAGGAAUUGGACCCAACCGAUAUUGACCUUCAAUUAGCGUCGCUAAUAAAACGCGUCGAGCUAAAUCGAUCACUGUUGGAAAAAACGAAUCAGCGAAUCAAGGACGUAAACUUUAUAACAGAAAGAAACAGGAUGAUUUUAUUGAGAGACAUGAACUACGACGAGGAUACGUUUCUGCUAAUGAAAGAAGCUGGCGACAUAAAAGGGCCUGUCUCACCCGUCGAUUUAUCGUCGGUGUCUCACCCAGCAAUAGACGAGCUUCAAAAGACGAUGAGCUCGACCAUCGAGAUCUUGGAGUACGUUCAUAAAAUGUCCAACGGAGAUUUGACGUACGAAGAAAUUCCCCCGGAGUUGACGGAUUAUUUGAAUGCGCCGAUCGCAGUGGCCGGUGAAAAUCUGCAAAAUGAUUAAGUAAUGUAAUUUUGUUGAAAAUUUCAUAUACUGUACGUGGCAUGUUUGAAUAAAGUUUUUCAAUCACUGCAA